AAUAAAAUAAAGAAUGAAGUUUAAAUCAGCUGCAUAAUUAAUCACUAUGUUAUUUUUCUUGAAUAACCAUUAGUUUUACUUCUCAUUUAAAUGUGAUUCCAGUACUGUCCUCAGUUUAUUCUUGAAAAUCUCUGCUACUGAAACUAGUCUUUUUUUGUGUACAAAAAUCUGUGCGUAAGAUUUCUGUGCGCACCAUUGCUCGUGCGCAUCGUUCCGGAACUCGUACAACGCCUCUUUUUCACCUUGUUGGCAAAUGUAGAGCGAAAGACCUGUUAAGAGUUUUAUCACAGAAACCUAAAAUGAUAACUUCGAUUUUAAUUUUUUUAAUUAUAACUUUUUCUUUUCAAAUUAUAAUGUUUUCAAUAUCAAAAAUCGAGAUUUUACACAAGGUUUUCACCAUUUUUUUAUAUCUCGAGUAGGAAAAAUCAAAAAUGAAAAAGGAAAAUUUGCAGAUAUCGUGUCAGAUAUUAAAACAAUUGUUGAUCAAUUAGACAGUUUUGCCGAUGCAGAUGAAUAUGAAAAAGCGUAUGAUUUUAUACAACAAAUUCCAAAGAAUGAUGCCUUUGAAACUUUUCAUCUUCUUUGGAGAAUGGCCAGAGUAAAUUAUAAACUAUCGCAAAGGACAACAGAUAAUAAUUUUAAAAAAAAACUUAUUGAACAUGGAUUUUCUCUUGCUGAGCAAGCUCUAAAAUCGGGUAACGAUAAUUACGCCGUCCACAAAUGGUAUGGCAUAUUAUUGAAUGAAAAAAGUCAAUUUAAUAGUAGUGAAGAGCAGAUACGAAAUGCAUUUGAAGUUAAAAAACAUUUUGAAGAAGCUAUAAGAUUAAAUCCAACAGAUGCUACAUCCAAAUAUUUAUUAGGUAUCUGGCAUUAUGAAGUUGCACAUUUAUCAGCAUGGAAACGACGUAUUGCAAAACUUAUUUAUGGUAAAAUUCCAGAAUCAACAAUAGAUGAAGCCUUGAAAUAUUUUAAAUUGGCAGAAGAAACUGAUCCCGGUUUUUAUAAUAAAAAUAUGCUGAUGCUUAUUAAAUGUUAUUAUGAACUUAGUACAAAACCAAUGGCGAUGGAAUAUGCUAAAAUCUUAUUAGAAAAAGACCGUAAAACAAGAGAAGAUCAAGAAGUAGAGUGA